AUGCUUUGGGUGAGGAUGAUACUGUUACGCGUCGGGAGAGUGUUUCAGAUCUCAAUUACCGCUGCGCUUGCAGCUAGGAUCCGGCACUUAGAAAUAGAAAGACAAGUUCAGAGCCUCAGCUCUCCGUCGACAUACCACUGUUUCACAAAAUCAAUCUGUUUGGGCUGGACCUGGUAUUCUUUUAGUGGACUGGGCAUUCUAAAGCGGAAACUUCAUUGCGAUAGGCUUACUUUGAGACGCUGA